UAUAUUAAAACAAACUAGCUGCCGCCCGGAACUCCGUCUGCGCGAGAUUGAAUAAUAGUAGCAGAUUCUCAGACUUAUUGAAUAUGCAUAAUAAAUUUCAUAAAAAUCGGUCAGGUCCUUUCGGAGGAGUAUAGUAACAUUGUGACACGACAAUUUUAUAUAUAAGACUAUAUUUCACCUGUCAGUUUGAUCCAUUACCGUUGCGAGAGUUUUCAUACCGUGGAAACGAUUUCAGCAAAGCGUCAACAACUUACAGCCAAUUUUAGAUCAGAGAUCGCGUGCGCGUGAUAUUUAUAUGAUACAAACGACUAAAGCUUGCGGAAGAAUGUCUCCGUCUGUACGUUACUACACACGAAAUUAUAUUUUAAUAUAAAAAAAAUCAAUGUGUUUUUGUAAUUAAAAAAAUGUCUAUUUUAUUCAGUGUAAUAGCAAAUAAUAAAAACAUAAUCAGUGCGUACGCUUCAUGUGAUGGUAAUUUCGUGGAUAUUGUGAGUGAGAUGUUACUAAAACGACCAAACAUACCUGAUAAAAUGACUUAUUUACAUGGAAAGUAUUUGAUAAAUUAUGUCGUUGAAAAUGGUUAUGUUUAUUUGUGUGUUACUGAUAAAGCAUGUCAGCGUUCAAGAGCAUUCCUAUUCCUAAAUGAGAUUAAAAGAGGAUUUAAAAUGAAGAACAAAGAUGAUUACUCGAAUGUAUUAGCAGCAGAGAUGUUCAGAUACAGUCAGGAUUAUAACAAUAUCAUAAUACAAGACGGAGCUUUAGACGAAAUAAAUAAGAUUGAAGUCGAAUGUAGCGAAAGUAUACUGGGCGAAAAAAUAUUAAUGGUUAAAAACGAAGACAAUUUGGAGUACAGUACAAUCUCGUACGUGGGUAGGACGCCGGAGAAAAUUAUAGUGUCAGUGGAGAGAACAAAUUCGCAUAUAAUUUUAGGCAUGGCCUUAAUCCUGACCGUGGUCAUAAUGUAUAUUUUUGGACCUGCGACAUUCGUUGCUAUUAUUGGUAUAUUUUUCUAUUUAGCGAGACGAAAAACGUAAAAUAAACUGUAUAAAUGAUAAGGUCAAAUAAA